CGUGUAGUGUACUAGUGUUCGCAUCCCCAAGUCACCGGGGAGUGACUCUCUGAUUAUUGAAGUAACGUUUAGGCGCCAAAAGGAGAUAGUUUUGCUUUGGAGAAAUGUCUGGAAAGGGGAAGAGGAAGGAGGAGCACGACGGUGCUUCCGACGGCGACUCCGAAGGUCACGCGCCUCCCAAGAAGUCCAUCAAGAAAGAUUCCGAUGACGACCUUGACUCCAUCGUCGUCUGCGAGAUUUCGAAGAAUCGGAGGGUUUCUGUGAGGAAUUGGCAAGGCAGGACUAUGGUCGAUAUUCGCGAAUUUUACCUUAAAGAUGGCAAGCAAAUGCCUGGCAAAAAAGGUAUCUCAUUGACCAUGGAUCAGGUACAUCUUGAAACUAUAUGGUUGUUGUAUCUUUACAAGUUCCAUUUCUAUUCCAUCUCAAAUCUGUUGGUUGGUCUAAAGAUCUAGAACAAACGAUUUUGAAGCCAUUAUUCAACAAU